GAUAUAAAAGGAACAGUUUAGAUCAGAACAGCAGUUUUGUGAGCUCCUUCGAGUCGAAGACAUGAAGCUGAUUUUAUUCUUUGGUAUUGUCCUGUUCCUCGGCUUGGCUGCAGCAUCAGUUGAUACGAGCAAUGGCUGUAACUUCAGAUGCUUAGACCGCUACGAUCCGAUUUGGGGUAUUGAGACUCGUGCAGGAAAAACUGAGAAGCGAGAAUUCAGCAACUCAUGUAUGAUGGAAUUGGAAAACUCCUGUUAUGGAAGAAAUUUCGUUCGAUUGUGAAAAUACCUAAAGAGAAAAACUAGUGUCUGGGCAAAAUAUGUAUUGUUUUUCAUAUAUUCAUGUAAAAUAAAUAAAUAAGUUACAAAAAUA